GAUGUCCGCACUCAGCAGCCGCUUGGCGCCAAGGCAGCGGAGGAGGACAUCCAGCAUGCCGGCCGAGUGCCGCAGGGUGAGUAUGUAGCCACCACAUGCGGAGAUGCGCCAGGCGGUGAAACACGCAGAAGAUCAGGGCGUGGAGUACUACCGCCUGCGCAGUUUCAGCAUCACCUCGAAUGGGGUGUGCAAUUUGGGGGACUCCCUGCGAAGCCGCAGGUCACGCUCUAACAACUCAGUGACAUCGGGGAUUACCUCUUACAGCGGCAAUCGACACAACAACAGAAACACAUCGGGAAAUAUCAUCGAUGGGACAACAUCCGGAGAGCCGCCCACCUUCAAGAUUGCCAUGCUCGGCAGUCCUUCGGUGGGGAAGUCUGCCCUAUCGUUCCAAUUCACGACAUCGGACUAUAUUUGCGCCUACGACCUAAGCCUGGAAAUGGAAUAUGGACAGAAGACGGUUUCUGUAUUGCUGGAUGACGUGGAAUCGGACAUUGAAGUUGUGGAUCAUCCCGCCUGCGAGAUGUCCACGGAGGCUUUUUGCGCCACAUACAAUAUCGAUCUGUUUGUGGUCGUGUACUCGGUGUUGGAUGUCUACUCGUUCCGGAAUGCGGAGCGCGUGUUGCAUUAUUUGCGGGACAAUGACAUGCUGCUCAGCCGCGGCGCCAUUUUGGUGGGGAAUAAGGCGGACCUGGAACGUCAUCGCAGUGUGCCGCAAGAGAUCGGCCACAAAGUGGCCACGGAAAUUCCCUGCAAGUUCAUCGAGACAUCGGCGGCGCUGUGCCACAAUGUGAACGAGCUGCUGGUGGGCGUUGUGGCCCAGGCGAAACUCAAUCCGCAGCGCCUGAGCAUGCUCUCGCCGGGCGAGCUGGAGCGCGUGAAUAUGCAGAGCAGCAUCCAGAACCACAGACGCAUGCACCUGGAGCGCCAACUGUACCAGCGCCGCAGUGACUUCGCGCUGGGUCCUGACCCCGACGACGACUCCAAUCGUCCGCCCAUCAGUCUAAAGGAUAUUCUGAAUGUGGGCGAGAGUGAUCGGGAGGACACUCCCAACGAAAGCGAGGCCCAGCGGCGACACCGUUUCCUCACCCAGUUCGAGCUGCUGGCGGCCGACAUUCGGGCCAACAACCAGCCGGCGCGACCCUUAUCCAUCAGCCCAUUCAGCAAGCGACGCUCCAUCGCAGGCUGUGCCACCUCAGGCACGACCUGCACGGGACUGCAGCGCCUGGCCAUGGACGAUUCGCAACUGGGUGGCCAUCCGCACCGCAUCUCGUCGCGCUCGGACUUCAGGAAGCACCUGUUCCACUUCAAUUGCCAGGGCAGGGUCAAGAAGAUGACGGCCCGGACCAAGGUGUUUGUUUUUCGUCGCUGCUGCGACUGAAGGCGUCCAACUGGC